AUGAAGAAUGAAGAUGAUGAAGUACAAGAUGAUGGGGAUAAUAAAGAACAAGAUAAUGAUGAUGAUGAAGUACACGAUUGUGAUGAUGGUGAUGAUGAAGAACAAAUUUAUGAUGAUUAUGUAGUACACGAUUGUGAUGAUGGUGAUGAUGAAGAACAAGUUUAUGGUGACGAAAAUGAGGAUGAAGUACAAGAUGAUGAUGAUGAAGUAUAUGAUAUUGAUGAUAAUAUACAAGAUGAAUGUAAGGAUGAAAUACAAGAUGAUGAUGGAAAACAAGAUCAGGAUGAAAUACAAGAUGAAGAUAAGGCUAGAAUAUAA